AUGCAUAAAUAUUCAAUUUUUGACUCGGCUAUUCUCAAGAGUAAUAAUAAUUGGAUAUUACAAAUCAAAAAAUGGCUUCCUUCCUACCUGAAAGUCGAAAAGGCGUUUAGCUGUUACCAAGCAACAAAAAAUGGUUGGAAGGCGAGCAUAUUUCACAGUUGCUGUGACUACAAGGGACCAACAUUGGUCAUAGUAAAAGUGAAAAGCUAUGUGUUUGGUGGAUUUGCAUCAGAAUCAUGGGGAGGGAAUACUGGUUACAAAAGAGCAGAUCAGUCGUUCAUUUUCUCCUUAAAAAACAGAGAUAAUUUGCCACCAUUUAAAUCCAAAAUUGAAAGGUUUAAACAAUAUGCAAUGUUCACGAAGGAGCACACCGGAGCCACAUUUGGAGGUGGUUGGGACUUGCAUAUAUCUGAUAAUGCCAACUCUAAUAGUGGGUCGCUCACACACUUUGGAGGAUCAUACAAGCUUCCAAAUGGUUAUUACUACGACACCGAAAAAGCAAAUAAUUUGCUGGCCGGUUCUUUUUACUUUACACCAGAUGAAGUGGAGGUGUUUUUUUUCUCUUCAUAAAUAUUCAAAACAUUAUAAAUAGUAUUAAGACUGCGAGUGUGUUCCAAUUUUACCAUAUACUGAAGCAAACUUGCUGUGACUUGUAGUUUAUGACGUUAUAAAGAAAUAAUUUAUAAUGAAAUGAUAGCAAAGGCUUGUUAUAGCUAAUAUAAUAGUAAUAAUGAAUUUAUUUCAUUUGA